AUGGCUCGACAAGGAUUUGCGUCCACUCCAGAGUGCCGGCUGAAGCCGCACGCCGUGACCGUCACGGACAACCAAAGCACUUGCCCGCCUUGGGAUAUGGAAGGCGCAGACAAUGUGAAAUAUGACAGGAGACCUCUUAGUCCCGACCGGACACUUUCCUCGACUAACUCCGUUAAUCCUUCAGAGGGUUCAUGGAUCAUUAUCCUUGCGCCCAAUGGUGAUCGCGGUGUGAUUUCAGCCUCCGACCUCCCUUCUCUACUCCUAGGCAGCGACCCUUUGAAGGAUGGCGGCUUAGACGCCACCAUCUCAGUAUGUUCAAGAACGCGUUUCAAUGCCUUGGUCCUGGCAAAUCUUGAGGCCAACUCAUCCAUCGUGAAGAGUGUUAAUUACUUGUACUCACUAUCCGCCCGUGCCAAUCAAUUGUGCCAUUAUUCGCCCUACAGAUUAUCAUGGGCGAAUCAGAAAGUCUUGAACUUCUCCAUCCUAGGCGCUGUUAUCUCCUUACCAGCUGGUCUGACUGAAUUUGGUGGCAACAGGUUGACAAAAAGAACAAAUCAUUAUCCCAUACAAACCAUACGCUUUUUGACUACAUGGUACGCCCGAUGUAUCCCAAGCACGCAUUCAACUCAAUACUCCCUGAUGAUUUCAAUACAAGAGGCUAUGUCAUCCGUCGAAAAUAGGCAAAUGUUCGCUUCGAACUCCAUCUUACUCCUCACCGACUAUAAACUCAAAUCUUAUCACCUUCCGACCCAAAUCGCCACUAUCCUAAUCAUCAACGAAGACUAUGUGUCCCAUAAGAAAAGCAUGCAAAGCCUCACCGUCGCUUUGACAAAAAAGGGGGUCGCGAUGAUCGCCAAGACAUAUGAGAUUGCGAAGCAAUCUGGCAUAUAUUGGGCCUGGGUGGACACGUGCUGCACCGACAAGAGUAACAGUGCCGAACUCACCGAUUCACUUCCAGGUUGUGCUAGUAUCAAGAAGUCGAACUUUGCCACUCGCACCUCUCCGAUUCUGAUUGCCGCCGGUUCACUCGGUGAUGGGACUUUGCAAGAGCCUUUGAGUCUAUGCGCGGAUAGAGAUCAGUAUUCAAUCCAUAAUGAAGCUGAGAAACUGGGUGGUGUCUCUGAGCAACGAUAUGAAGGCAUCUGUGCGAAUUCGUCUUCUGACUUUGGUGGCUGUGCGGAUUUUCGUUCUCUAUCGGGGUCGAUGAACGACUCCGACGACAUUGACAUGACCAACAAGAGAGUCAAUUGGUCAUUAAUGGCUGAACACCUAUCGCUCCUAAAUGUCGACAAGGGCGGUCCACGCACGUGGUCUAUUUGCGACGUGAAGUCAGUCGCUCUGAUUGGGGAGAUUGUUUUUUUUAUCAGCAAGCUUUCUGAGGAAAAAGUUCCGCUGCAAAGCGAGCGCGAAGGCUUGUCUCUGAAGAAUUCCAGGAUCCGGCGCAUUGCCUCAAAAGAUUCUACUUUGAGCAUCACUUUUCACAGCUGUACGAAAUAUGACAGCCACAAAAUUGUUCACUCGAGCUCAUCGAUACUUCACUUCCUGCCUUAUUGCACGAACCUUGGGUAUGACUGCAUUCCAACUUCGCAAUGGGACUUCGAAAGCCUUGCUACCGAAGAAUAUUUCCCCGCCAUCUCGACAUCCUUGAGCGACGCCAUGGCAAGUCUAUCGGAGUCACGUCUGCCGAAAGAUGAGAAAGUUGCGCUCUCAGACUCGAGGACCAAAUCCUCUCCUGAUCCGGACAGGAUGAUUGACCAUGAAGUCACAAUCCCCGUCACGCCUGCUGUAGCAUCUAGUGAAAGCCUGCGGCAUAUGGAGUACUAA